CAACAAAAUAUGGCCAUCCCCUAUAUUGUAUGGAAUAUCUCAAAAUCCAAAUACGAAUGAUUAUAUUUUGGUUCAAAAUAAUUUAAUGAACUUAGUAAAUUGUUUGAGUGGAAAUGAAAUAGUUGAUGAUUUUAUUCAAGAAAUGCAAUUAAAAAUAAAUGACUAUAAUGAUAUAAUAUUUGAAUGGAUACCAUACAAUCAGUUUAAUAAUAUUAAGGAAAUAGGUAAAGGUGGAUUUACUACAGUAUAUUCAGCAAAAUGGAAAGAUGGUCUAUUAGAAUAUGAUAAAGUUAAAGAAAUACAUGAAAGGAAUCCAAAUAUAGUAAUUGCCCUAAAAUGUUUACAUAAUUCACAAAAUAUUAGCAAUGAAUUCUUAAAUAAGAUCAAAAAGUUUUCAAUAAACAAAAGAAGUAAUAUUCUUAAUAUUUAUGGAAUAUCUCAAAAUCCUGACACAAAAGAAUAUAUUAUAGUUCUCAAAUAUGCUAAAAAAGGAAAUCUUAAUAAUUGGAUAAAUAAAAAUUAUGAAUAUUUUGAUUGGCAAGCAAAAUUAUCUGUAUUGGAUAACAUUAUUUGUGGUCUUAAAGAAAUUCAUCAGAAAAAUAUGGUUCAUCAUGAUUUUCACACAGGAAAUAUAUUAUUUUUAAGUGAUAUAAUAGAUUUCAAUAUGAAUUAUAUAUCAAUUUCAGACAUAGGAUUAUAUAGAGAAGUUGGUAAUAAAGAUGAAAUGAAUAUUUAUGGAGUUAUGCCUUACGUGGCUCCUGAAGUAUUAAAAGGAAAGCUUUAUACUCAAGCGGCAGAUAUCUAUAGCUUUGGAAUGAUAAUGUAUUUUGUAGCAACUGGACAACAACCUUUUCACAAUUGUGCACAUGACCAUCAUCUAGCAUUAGAUAUUUGUAAAGGAGUUAGACCUGAAAUAUAUGAACCAGAAGCACCAAGAUGUUAUAUUAAUUUAAUGAAAAAGUGUUGGGAUUCAGACCCAAACAAUAGACCAAAUAUUUUUGAAGUAAAUAAUUUAAUCACAUCAUUUUAUAAGUCAUCUGGAGUGGAUUUCUACAUUGUGGAGAAUGAAGAAAUUGAAAUGCAAUUCAAAAAAGCAGAAGAAUAUAGAAAAGCAAGUAUUUCAUCUAUUAAAAAUUACCAAGCAGCUAUUCAUUCACAGGCUAUUUAUACAUCUCGUUUACUUAACCCUUUUACAAAAGAUCUUAAUUCUGAAUGUUUAGAUUGUGUAAUCUAACCAGCCAAGUUAUAUAAUAUUAUAGUACAAAUUUUUUUCUUAUCAUUAAUUUAAAUUAUCCUCCUGAUUUGAUAUUUUAUAACUGCUAUUUUAUAGGAAAUUUGCAAUU